AUGGAACUUCAGGCAGGAUUUAAAGCUGCUGGUUUUCUUCUACUGAUGACAAUUGGGAUUCCGGGAAACAUCUUUAUUUUAUUCCAAUUUACCUACACCAGGGUGCUUGAAAAGAAACUGCUACACACCAACAUUAUAUUGAUGGCACUAGCUGUAGCAAAUUUACUUCUUAUUCUUUCCAGAAUUAUACCCGAAUCCCUAAAUUCCUUAGGCAUAAAGGAUUUACUCAAUGAUCCAGAGUGCAAAUUGGUUAUAUUCACAUUCAGAGUGAGUCGUGCUAUGUCUAUUUGUGUCACCAGUCUACUUAGCUGCUACCAGUGUAUUCUCAUAGCUCCAAGAAGAAGUUUUUGGCUUUAUAUAAAAAAAAUUGUAACCCAGAAUGUGGUGAUUAUUCUAAUAAUUUUGUGGUUUAUUAACCUCUCUGUUUACCCUUAUUUUGUUUGGAAUGCCCGUGCCAGGAGAAACCUUACAUCCUCCCCAUAUACUUUACACUUGGUCUAUUGUGAUGCUGACUUUUUAACUUACAUAGCAUAUGUUGCUAUUGGAUCAUUUUAUGCUCUUCGUGAUUUAUUUUCUGUAGGGCUAAUGACUUUGGCAAGUAGUUACAUUGUGUAUAGGUUGCUUUCUCAUGAGAGAUCCAUGAAAGGCAUGAGGAGCUCAGACAAAUCCCAAAGUAGAACUGUUGAAUACAAGGCAUCUAGAGCGGUCAUCUUGUUGGUUGCCCUGUAUGUUUUGUUAUUUGGAUUGGAUAAUUCCAUGUGGAUCUAUACCCUGACUCUCUCUAAUGUUAGUCCAAACAUGAAUGAGAUACGGAUCUUCUUAGCAUCUUCAUAUUCAGCCUUCAGUCCUAUUGUCAUUAUUUUAACCAAUCCCAAAUUUGAUCAGUGCUUUGUACAUUGUAAUAGAAAUAGGUCACUGCCUCUAUUGCCUCAACAGGGUUCAGUCAGCAAUGGAGAGGUGUAUUAUAUCAGUAAAUAA